AUGAGUGGCUUCCGCGGGGUGAUGAAUGGCGGGKGGCAUCCCAAAGGUAAAGAAGGAGGGAAGGAGAGUUGGCGAGGCGAUUUUAAGGGAAUCAAUCAAGUGGCAGGUUGGAUGGGAAAGGGCAAAGAUGACAGCAAAGACGACCGAGCCGAACAUGUCUCGCGACCACUAGCCUCACUCAAAGACCCAUCAUCUUUCGGACCACCACCAAGACGCGGGGAUUCUCGGACAUCAUCAACAAUGGCCGCUUCUGGGAUAGCACCUCCUCCAAGAGGCCUUGGAGCGGCCUUACCACCAGACGCAGUCGUACGUGAACCCGAACAGCUAGAAGAAGAUACCGGACCACCACCUCCGCCCCUACCAUACCGCGCCAAUCGAACUGGAAUCGACCCAACAAAUCUCCCUCCACCUCCUGUUCGCCGUACAGAGUCUCCUAUAAGUCGACCUACUUCCGCUUCACAAACCCGACCUCAACCAGCCCUUCCUCCCCGCUUACCUUCUCGCAAUAACGCCUCUCCAUCGCCUCCACCUCCGCCAUACUCCGAAGCAGAGCAUUCAAUACAGAUGAAUCAGGGCUCAAUUUCGCGUCUAGAACAAGCCGGUGUCUCGGUGCCUGCUUUAGGCAUUGGUCGAAGAGACAGUGACCAAUCUGCCACAACCCGAGGGGGCAUGAACAACCAAGUCAACGAACUCCAAGCCCGAUUCGCAAAGAUGUCGACACCGGGCUCCCAAACUCCACAAAGUCUUUAUAGUCCGAUUGAGCGACCUACUUCUCAACGAAGCUACGACAAUACACCUACAUCUCCGGCAUCACCAAGACCAGACACCACUCGCAACGCCGCACCAUUACCUCCACCAACAAAUAACUUCCGACAACGCAGCAAUGAGCACAUUGAAACUGGCAAACAGAAAUUAACAGAAUUCAACAAGAAACAUCGAAUCACAGAACGCAUUGGCUCGUAUUUUGAACCACAACCCGCGCUCAAAGCGUCGGUGGGAGCUCCUCAACCUGCGCCUCCACCACCACCGCAUCCAAAUCUGAGUAGACAGGGCUCGAAUGUUGAUAUAGAUUCAUUAAAUAAGAGAAAGCCMCCGCCGCCUCCUCCGCCUGCCAAAAAGACAAACUUGAGGUCGACGCCAGUGAGUGGGAAUGGUGGGAGUGAAUCUCCUUCUCCGCCUCCAUUACCUUUGGGGACGAAGCCUCGAUGA